CCAGCAUCGGAAAUGAACAAGACGCAUCAAUUUCAAACGCCACCCAAGAAGCAUUGAUUUUUCGUAAUGAGCCUUUAACUAACGAAACCACAAAUGGAAAUGUCAACGAAGAUCCUUUGGGAACCGGUGAGAACGAAAUUCAAGUUAAGACGGAAAGUGUGCCAUUGUACGAAAUGCACGCUCGCAAUAGCUCAGAGAUGGACGAAUUGCUAGAUGAGGCAGAAGUGGUCGAUCUUAGUGAUGAUGAAGUAAUGGUAGUUUCAGAAGCUGGUGUGCCUAGACCAUUCGCAACGACCGGUGAAAACAUAGUAAAGCGCGAAAAGGAUGCAAUUUCCGGUGAUGAGCCAUUUAAUAUCGAAUAUGAAUACAAACAGAAAGAAAAGGUCAAGUUGGGUCGUGUAUACAAAAUUGGCGGAAAAAUGAUUUUGGUACCAGAAAAAGCCGUUGAAAAACUAAUUGGAUGGAAUGAACCAGCAAAACGAUCUGACAUCCAAUACGAUCGAAAAGCAUGCUUUACUUGGCUUUUGUCAUUGGUCGGCAAAGAACAACUGGCUGCAUGCAACGUCAAUCGUGAAACAAUGGAUUUUCUUAAAGCUUGUUUUACGAUUCGUUGCGGCACACAACAAAAUCGCAUUGAGGCCAUCGAAAAAUACAAAGACGAAUUAUGUCAAGCUGGCGGUAUCAUCAAAAAUGUCGUGAUGUUGGACCAAACAACUGAAGGAAAUAACGCUGACACAGAUACAAAUUGAAGCCUGAGGCCUCGAGUCAUCUUCAUAUUCAUUUCGUUACUAUUUUUCCAUUUUUUUUCUCAGUUUAAUUUUUAUGUUCUGCGAAGUCAUGUUGAAACUUUGGAUCUAAUCAUUUUAUAUUUUUAAAUCUCAAUUACGUCUUCAAAACAAAGUUUACUUUUCAGUAGUUUUUAAGACCAAUUACCUCUCUUACUAUUUUUUUUAUUUCUUCAAAGUGAAACCAAAUUAAAAUUAAUACGCUUAUAUAUGUAGCACUGAUUUAUAUACGAAUAUUCAAGUAUCGUUAAUCAAACAAAAUCAAACCUAAAGAGUGAUAUUUACUAUUCAACCAUUUUUUUUUCGAGAAGUCAUUAAAUUUAGUUCGAAACUGUUUCGCUAAAAUCAAAGAAAAAAUGAAGAACUGAAAUAUAGA